GUACAUUAAAACAUUAGUGGGGCAAAAAUCGAUGACCGGUGGAAAUCACGUCUACUCCGUGCAAGAACAAUCAACUUAUGAAUCGAAAGGUCCGAUCCAACUUGCCCUAAUCAACCUGCCCGCGUAGCGUGGGUCCCCGAAUUAGGGGUAGUGCUCUGCCCCACUAGCGUUGACGUAGGUCAAGUCCAAAGUCUUCAAAUCCUUCAGGAAAACCAAACGACACGGGUACAAGUAAUUACGUUCAUCACGAUUUCAUAGUUCAAACUUUCAACUUUCUUAACGCGUUUGGUGUCUAAUGUUGUCUCUUUCUUGAAGUCGACAUUGGUGUAUAAAAACUGAGACCAACCAGAUUGGCGGAGGCAGCGAGAAUGAGGAGGCGUCGAGCAUCCGUGAGCCCUGUGCCCUCUCCUGCCGGCGAAACAAUAGUGGACAACUCCGGAUUGAUUGAAGCCCGUGUUCGUGAUCUUGUUGAUGACUUGAAUGGCACUUCUUCAGUUGAAUCUCAAAGAGCUGCAACGUUUGAACUCCGUUUACUCGCCAGGCAUGGCAUGGAAAAUCGGGUUGUUAUUGCAAACUGUGGAGCCAUUGACUUCUUGGUGGACUUGCUUCAAUCUGCAGACAACGGGGUUCAGGAAAAUGCUGUCACAGCACUUCUUAACUUGUCCAUCUAUGGUCCCAACAAAACUGCAAUAGCUAAUACUGCCAAUGCAAUUGAACAUCUGGUUCAUGUCCUCGAGACAGGCAGUGCCGAGGCCAAGGAGAACUCCGCUGCCACUCUCUAUAGCCUUUCGGUGCACGAGGAGGGCAACAGUGUUCGGAUUGGAAGGUCCGGUGCUAUUAGGCUUCUAGUUGAUUUACUAAGGAAUGGGACUCUUAGAGGGAAGAACGACGCAGCCUCGACCUUCUUUAGCUUGUCGAAUUUUCGUGAAAACAAGCCCCGGAUUGUUGAAGCGGGUGCUGUAAAGUACCUGGUGGAGUUGAUGAACCCGGCAGCUGGAAUGGUUGACAAGGCAGUUGCUAUUCUGGCUAAUCUUUCUACGAUUCCUGAGGGGCGUACUGCGAUUAGCCAAGAAGGCGGGAUCCCUGGUCUGGUUGAAGUUCUCGAGUUGGGUUCUGCAAGAGGAAAGGAAAAUGCAGUUGCGGCUCUUUUACAACUCUGCACAGAUAGUAACAGACAUUGCAAUACGUUGCUUCGACAAGGAGCUCUUCCACCUUUAGUGGCACUCAACCAAUCUGGCACCCCAAGGGCCAUUCAAAAGGCAAAGUUACUCCUCAGUCUCUUAGCUUCUUACAUGAAAAUGCACGGGAAGAAAUAACAGCAGUGAGUCUAGUAGCUAUUUGCUGUAAAAUUACAGCGUUGCCUUUACACAAACUGUGGUGACUCGAGAUGGGUUGCAUGGUCGGUUCACAAUUCCAUCAUUGCUUUCAAAAGAACAGAUGGAACUAUGUCUGUAUAUUCUUCAAGAAUCAACAGCUACGGGACUCGGUUGUAACAAGGAAAUCUCAGCCUCCCGUUGUAUGACGUAUCUGCUGUAUAUGAGAACAACCAUGAAGUAUGCUUUUGGUAUUGUCAAAACCAUCAGCUGGGGCAUACUUAUGCCUAUCGGGGCUAUCGUGGCGAUUGUGGCUAGGCAUCUCAAAAAUAUCAAAGGGGCUGACCCGACAUGGUUCAAUGUUCACAGAGGAUUCCAAAUGCUGGGCUUUGUUGGCAGGGCACGGGCGGGGAACUGGUAUCUUUCUCGGUGCCAUGUCUCCAGUGAUUGAAUAUAAGGGCCAUAGAUGCAUAGGCAUAACACUGUUUGUUCUUGCUUGUAUUCAAUUGGCGGUAGCUUUUUCUUUGAGGCCGAAGAAGACAGAUAAGAGAAGGGGGUCUUCUGGAUUUGUUUCACUAUGCGGUAGGAUACGCCACAAUCAUCAUGAGUGUCAUCAACAUAAUGAAAGGAUUCAACAUCUCAGAGCCGCCUAAGGAGUGGAAAACGGCGUACGUUGCCCUUAUCAUUGCUCUGGGAGGCACCGAAGUAGUCUUGGAGCUACUUAAGUUAUGGCGCUUAAUUUCGAGGAGAAGAAGUCAAGCUGCAGAACAAGAAAUUAACAAAAGUGAUGUAAUACUAAUAGUUUAAACCAUAAGCAUGUACUUUUUAAUUUCUUUUUUAUAAACUUUGUAAUUUCAAUUUCAA